AUGGCCCCGCACUCGCACCACGUCCCUUCCUCCACGUCUACUCAGGCUCAGGCUGGGGGGAAAACUACUGCUAUGAUCAAGGAUGAAGAGAAAGAGAAAAGUGUGGAGAUCCACCCUGUGGAUAUCACACAGUUUGGCUUUGACAAACAGGUCAAACAACUGGCAAACCACUUGGGCUUUCAGCCAGUCAUGAUCCGCAAUGUGUACAAGCACGUCAGCAACUUCAAAUGUACCAAAAAAAUAGUAAAGUCCAUGCACACUGCUGCCAUGGAAUGUGCCAAAGCAGAGAUUGAAGGGCAAGAAGUAGAGGAGUUGUAUGCCAGUGACAAGUCUGAGAAUGACAGCGCCGGAAUCAUGAGUACUGUAGAGAUACGCACUUAG